UCCACCGUCCGCGCUCGCGCCGCCACCAUGACCCACGCGCUGAUGCCUGCGGCCCCCCAGCCGCUGGAGAAGGAGAACGAUGACUACUUUCGAAAGGGCUGUAAUCCCCUUGCACAAACUGGUCGAAGCAAACUACAGAAUCAAAGGGCAGCUUUGAAUCAGCAGAUCCUGAAGGCUGUACGGAUGCGGACAGGAGCGGAAAACCUUCUGAAAGUAGCCACGAACCAGAAGGUGCGAGAGCAGGUACGCCUGGAGCUGAGUUUCGUCAACUCGGACCUGCAGAUGCUCAAGGAGGAGCUGGAGGGGCUCAACAUCUCAGUGGGAGUGUAUCAGAGCACAGAGGAGGCGUUUAUGAUCCCUCUGAUUCCUCUUGGCCUGAAGGAAACCAAAGACGUCGACUUUUCAGUCGUCCUCAAGGAUUUUAUCCUGGAACAUUACAGUGAAGAUGGCUAUUUAUAUGAAGAUGAAAUUGCAGAUCUUAUGGAUCUGAGACAGGCUUGCAGGACACCCAGCCGGGAUACGGCAGGUGUUGAACUAUUGAUGUCAUACUUCAUCCAGCUGGGAUUUGUGGAGAGUAGAUUCUUCCCGCAUACUCGCCAGAUGGGGCUCUUGUUUACCUGGUAUGACUCCCUCACCGGGGUCCCAGUCAGCCAGCAGAACUUGCUGCUGGAGAAGGCCAGCAUUCUGUUUAACAUCGGAGCCCUCUACACCCAGAUUGGGACCCGGAGCAAUCGGCAGACGCAAGCUGGACUGGAGAAUGCUGUGGACGCCUUCCAGAGAGCUGCAGGUGUAUUAAGCUACCUGAAAGAGACAUUCACGCAUACUCCCAGUUAUGACAUGAGCCCCGCCAUGCUCAGUGUGCUGGUCAAAAUGAUGCUUGCACAAGCCCAAGAAAGUGUGUUUGAGAAAAUCAGCCUUCCCGGGAUCCAGAACGAAUUCUUCAUGCUGGUUAAGGUGGCUCAGGAGGCUGCCAAGGUGGGAGAGGUCUACCAGCACCUGCAUUCAGCCAUGAGCCAGGCGCCAGUGAAAGAGAACAUUCCCUACUCCUGGGCCAGCUUGGCCUGUGUGAAGGCCCACCACUACAGGGCCCUGGCCCACUACUUUGUCGCCACCCUCCUUAUCGACCACCAGUUGAAGCCAGGCGCAGAUGAGGACCACCAGGAGAAGUGCCUGUCCCAGCUCUAUAACCACAUGCCAGAGGGCUUGACACCUUUGGCCACACUGAAAAAUGAUCAUCAGCGCCGACAGCUGGGAAAAUGCCAUCUGCGCAGAGCUGUCACUCACCACAAGGAGUCUGUGAGGGAGGCCAGUCUGUGCAAGAAGCUCCGUGACAUCCAGGUACUUCAGGAGGUGCUGUCUGCCGCACAUCAGCGCUCUCGGCUCAAGUACAGUCAGUACCAAGAGGACGAUGAUCUUCUGAACUUGAUCGAUGCUCCUGAUAUUGUUUCUAAAACUGAGCAAGAGGUUGAAAUCAUAUUGCCCCAGUUCUCCAAGGUGACAACAACAGACUUCUUCCAGAAGCUGGGCCCCCUGUCUGUGUUUUCUGCUAACAAGAGGUGGACACCUCCCCGAAGCAUUCACUUUACAGCGGAAAAAGGGGAAGUGGGGUUCACCUUGCGAGGAAAUGCUCCAGUUCAGGUCUACUUCCUGGAUCCUUCCUGCUCUGCUGCGCUGGCAGGAGCCAGGGAAGGAGAUUAUAUUGUUUCCAUUCAAGGCGUUGAUUGCAAGUGGCUGACGGUGAGCGAGGUUAUAAAACUGCUGAAAAGCUUUGGUGAGGAGGAGAUUGAGAUGAAGGUGGUAAGCCUCCUGGACUCUGCAUCCUCCAUGCAUAAUAAGAGUGCCACGUACUCUGUGGGAAUGCAGAAAACGUAUUCCAUGAUCUGCUUAGCCAUAGAGGAUGAUGAUAAAAGUGAUAAAACCAAGAAAGUCUCGAAAAAGCUUUCCUUUUUGAGUUGGGGCACCAAUAAGAACAGACAGAAGUCGGCCAGCACCUUGUGCCUCCCUGCAGUUGGGGUGGCAAGACCUCACAUCAAGAAGAAGUUCCCCACUCCUUUCAGCCUGCUCAACACUGAUAGCUCUUUAUACUAAUGGGAGGAAACAGAAAUGUUCAGGCCCCAAAUGUUUCUAGGGCUAACUAGGCCUUAAAAUUUGUGCCAUAUGGAAAAUAUCCAAAUAUGCUCAAAUCCCAUUUUGUCACAGUGUAAACUUGUAUUUGACAUGCUUUUAAGAAAGUAACAAGAAACCUCUAGAAAUUUGUGGAAAAUAUGCUUAUUUGAGGAAUGUCACUAUAUUGCUGCAAGAUAUUUAUUCUAUAAAAUAUUGUAAAUAGAAUAGUAUGGAUAUUAUGGCUGUUUUCAGUGGUUACAGUUAUAAAUUUCAGGCGCUGAGUUAAAUUGGGGUUUCCUAUAAAAAUAGAACUAUUUGUAAGUGUUAAAGUUUGGAUAAUACUCAUUCCUUAACCUAGAGUUCAGAGGACCCUUGAGUUAAGGCAGGUCGGAGGACUGUGACAGAAUGAAAUUUGUUACUAGAAACUGCUCCAAAGAACUGCUUCCUCAUGGGAACUUACUAACGUGAUAAGAUUUUACUAUUAUUUCUACAUAAUAUGAAUGCUAUUUCCAGAUAAAGUCUAGUGCCAAAUUUGUUUUGACUUUUUUUUUUUUUUUCUGCAGUCCUGGGGAUUGAACCCAACUCAGAGCCCUGGGUUAGCCCAGAACUGCUAAAAAUAAAACAUAAAAUAAAAUAAAAAUAAUUUAGGAGCACCUUUUCCUCUAGUCCGACCAUUUAUAAGUUGCUAACACAGUGGCAGUGUUAGAUGGAGAUGCUGUCUACAGGGUAGAUAAUAUACUGUUUGAUACUCAAAACUUUAUUUUUCGUUUUGUUUAAAGUAGAAAGUACAUAACUAUAUAUUUUUAGAGUCUUGGGUAAAAAAGUAGUUUUUAUAUUUUGUAAGGUAAAGAUGUAAAUGAUUCAGGUUUAAAGUUCUAUUUGACUUUUUAAAUGAACAUUCUUACCAAUUUGAUUUCUCUGGCUGUAACUUGGAUGACACUGUGACUCUAAUUAAAGAUUCAUGGUUGACAUACAAAUGACAUAGCUUUUAAAGUAUAGCUGAAAUUUAAUGUGAGAAUUAACAAGUAUUUUCUAUUGUGCAAUAUCUUUAAGGAAGCAACCACCUUUGGGAAAGUAUAUCUACUGCUAUUAGGGCCAUGUUUGUAUAAAUAUUUAAAUAAACACCUUCAUUUAUCUGA